CUCACAAGGCUAGCAGCCUCCACCCCAACGCCAAGAAACAGCGAAGGGGAUUCUCAAGACCCUCUCAUUACCCACGUAUAUCUAUCCGGUCUUUAGUUAACAUCAAUAGGGACAGAUUCCAGAUAUGACGAGAGAGUGUUUACAAGCUGUGUACUCAUAGCCCGCCGUUGCGAGACAGCGGUGUUUCGAUGCAGGAGUGAGGCGUAGUGUUUUCAUGGGGGCGGCGGUGGUGGGUCGAGAAGAAAAAUCCGAGUAAGUAACGUCCGAGAAGCUGGAUACAUAAACAAACUGGAUACUAAUUGACAGAAUCGACCGUGUCACUCGAUGAGGAGAUAAACAACAUGGCAGGGGUUUGCAACAGUGUUACACCUGGGAUGGGAGAAAUUAUUCAACUUAACGUCGGCGGAACGAGGUUUAGCACCUCCAGACAGACCCUUAUGUGGAUUCCAGACUCUUUCUUCUCAAGUUUGCUCAGUGGGCGAAUCUCAACUCUGAGGGACGAAACUGGAGCUAUAUUUAUUGACAGGGACCCAACAGUGUUUGCACCGAUUCUGAACUUUCUGCGGACGAAGGAAUUGGACUUGCGGGGGGUGAAUAUAAACGUCCUACGGCAUGAAGCUGAGUUUUACGGGAUAACCCCGUUAGUGCGGCGACUGUUGCUGUGUGAGGAACUGGAGCGGUCGUCGUGUGGCAGUGUUCUGUUUCACGGAUACCUGCCGCCUCCAGCAAUCCCGGCGCGUAAGAGCAGCAGUGUUGGGGCAUCGGCAGCAGCUGUAGGGGCCCCAGAGGAGCGGUCGGGGCCCGGGGGGGCGGAGGGAGGGUUCCCCCCCAGACCCACCAGACAUCCAGGCCUGCCGGGACCCUCAGGGGCAGACGCAACCCAGCGACUAGGCUCUCCCGUUGAUCCGAGAAAGGUGCUGAUUGUUGCUGGCCACCAUAACUGGAUCGUUGUUGCCUACGCACAUUUCGUCAUAUGUUACAGGAUCAAGGAGUCGUCAGGUUGGCAGCAGGUGUUCUCAAGCCCGUACCUGGACUGGCCAAUCGAGCGUGUGGCUUUGAAUGCUAAGGUGGUGGGUGGUCCCCAUGGCGACAAAGACAAGAUGGUAGCAGCUGCUUCAGAGAGCAGCAUCAUUCUAUGGAGCAUCCAGGAUGGGGGGAACGGGAAUGAGAUAGGUGUGUUCAGUCUGGGGGUACCUGUGGACUCUCUCUUCUUCAUUGGGAGUCAGCUGGUGGCCACCAGCCACACGGGGAAAGUCGGGGUGUGGAACGCCGUCACUCAGCACUGGCAGGUGCAGGACGUGGUGCCCAUCACCAGCUGUGACACGGCCGGCUCCUUCCUGCUGCUGGGCUGCAAUAACGGCUCCAUCUACUACAUCGACAUGCAGAAGUUUCCUCUGCGGAUGAAGGAUAAUGAUCUGCUGGUGACGGAGCUCUACCACGACCCCUCGAACGACGCCAUCACUGCCCUCAGUGUCUACCUCACCCCAAAGACCAGUGUGAGCGGUAACUGGAUUGAGAUUGCGUACGGGACCAGCUCUGGAGCGGUGCGUGUGAUCGUCCAGCACCCCGAGACGGUGGGCUCGGGGCCCCAACUCUUCCAAACCUUCACUGUCCAUCGCAGCCCCGUCACCAAGAUCAUGCUCUCCGAGAAACACCUGGUGUCAGUGUGUGCUGACAACAACCACGUGCGCACCUGGACGGUGACGCGCUUCCGGGGGAUGAUCUCCACCCAGCCGGGCUCCACACCUCUGGCCUCCUUUAAGAUCCUCUCCCUGGAGGAGGCUGAGAGCCACAACAGCUACUCCGCAGGAAAUGACGUCGGCCCGUUUGGAGAGAGAGAUGACCAGCAGGUCUUUAUCCAGAAGGUCAUCCCCAUCACCAACAAACUCUUUGUGCGCCUCUCCUCCACUGGAAAAAGGAUCUGUGAGGUGCAGUCGGUUGAUGGCACCACCAUCACCUGCUUCACGGUGCGAGAGUGUGAAGGCUCCAGCCGCAUGGGCUCGCGGCCGCGCCGCUACCUCUUCACCGGACAAGCCAACGGCAGCAUCCAGAUGUGGGAUCUCACCACCGCUAUGGACAUGGUCAACAAGGCCGACGACAGGGCCCAGAGAGAGACCGAAGUGGGAGGUCCGACAGAGGAGGAGCUUCUGAAGCUGCUGGACCAAUGUGACCUCAGCACAUCUCGCUGUGCCACACCCAACAUAAGCCCCGCCCCCUCCGUGCUGCAGCCCAAUCGGCUUCGAGAGUCCUGCUCCAGCCUCCAGCUGCAGGAGCCCAUCCCAGAGACGGCCACCUACGGGGCACUGCGUCCGUACCGAGAGAGCCCCCUGCUGGCCAGAGCGCGCCGCACCGAGAGCUUCCACGGCUACCGAGACUUCCAGAGCUUCAGCCUGGGACGCAGCCUGCUGGAGCCUGACGGACAGGCCGACGAGCCCAGACACUCCACCUCCGAGAGCAGCGGGGAGGAGGGCGCCUCCGACCGCAGGAGUGGAGGAGCAGGCGGAGGUCUGGAGAGCUGGUGGGGGAGGGCCAGUGAGGGCCAGGCGGAGGGGGGGAGGUCGGCUCCGGACAGCCCCGGGCUGGGAGACGUCCGGAGGAAGGUGCAGGUGGAGGAGGAGGGCGCUUCGGCGUCAGCCGGGGCAGGGGGGUCGGAGAGCCGGGCGGAGGGCAAGAAGAGGGGGGCGUUUGAUGGGGGGUUUCUGGGGCGGAAGAGGGCACCCCCGGUGCCCCAUCUGUCCUCUCUGCCCCCUGGGGGCGCCUCGGAGGCUGGUGGGGGCAGCGACUCGUCCUCCAGCACUGCAUCGCCCUCCCCCACCAAGAUGGCCACCUCCCCGCGCCACCGCAAAGGCACGGAGACCUCCAGCCAGGAGUACAGCCUGUGAGAGGUCUCCUCACGUCCCCCGAGGCGUCCGACAUUAUACCUGACCAACCCCUGUGACCCCUAACCCCAAAUCCCCCAGUCACCUUACAGCUGGAAUGACCCGCUCCCCCGUCCCAGAGUGAAGUAGCACCUACCCAUCUCAGAUGAGAGACCUUGCUGUUGGAGAUGGAGCUACACAGAGUGGUCUUCAUCUGGGGUUGCAGACGCAAGCGUUACUUCCAUGACUUGUCUCUGGGUAAGGCUCUCCUUGUCGGCUUCAGUGAGGUAUGAGGUGGUGUUCCCUCCUCCACAUUGUUUAUUUUGUGUUUUGUGUAAGCAGCCAGAUUCCAACUGCACACACUAAUGCCUUGGCAUACGUAAUGUUUUAUUUUGUUUUGUUUUUUAAGAGUGGGAUCAUCAUAUACAAACGUUUGUUGUGUUGGGUAAGCCAUACCUCUGUUGGCAUGGUAACAGCUGAUGUUUUCUUUCUUGGAGCCAUUAUCCUCGAGCUGAGUCCUAAAAGCUCCUUGUUUACAUGCAUGCUCGUGUCAGCUGUUCAACUGGAAUAGUUUGUCUCCUUGGUUACUCCCGAAUGAUUACGAGGAUAAACUGAUUAACAUUAUUACCUCGCUGAACUGACCUAAAAUAGUGAUGUGUUCCUCUGUGUCACUUCUCCAUGGUCCCAAAAAGUUGGGUCACUUGAAGCAUGGCAGGCAUGUUUGGACAAGAGCCAAAAUGGACAAUGCUAGUUCUCCGCCUUUAUUAGAGUUGUGCGUCAUCUUUUGCACUCGCAUUACUUUGCAGCCAUGCUGGCUCGCCAGAGAUAGAAAUUUAAACGUUUCUUUUUUUAUUUAGAGAAUCACAAACACUAUUUUUUCUUACCUUAACAUGUCUAACUUAAAACAAAGGGAAUUCCUUUACAUUGUAAUGUUUGAAAACUAUUUAGUGCCUUCGACCACGAUAAUAAUUUAAGUCUUAUAUUGAUUUAGGAAAAUAAUCGAACCAAAGUUAAUAUGAUGACAGCCCCCCCCCUCCUCGCUGUCUUGGGUGGUUAAAUCAACACUAUGGAAAUGAACGGUGUGUACAAACCUUUACUCAUUAUGCAACUUCAGCACCAUGUAACCAGGACCUGUCUUGGUAACUAUGUCAGUUUGACAUUAUGCAUCUCUUUUCAAUGCUUUGUACCGUUGACUUGUUUUGAACAUAUGACGCUGUGUGUUUUUCACUCCACCAUUGCAUUUGCACUUCAUGUGAAUAAGCAACAGAGAGGAGAGGUGAGGAGAGGAGAGACUCACUAUAGGAUGAUGAGGAAAUAUUCAGAGACCAUAACUCGUUGCGUCGAUCGACUCCCACAUGGCAGCCGAUUGUGGGACACAUCGGGCUGAGAUGCGGCUUAGUCUCGGCUCAGUUCUGGCCCACAGUCGGCUGUCACCUGGUUGUCCGUCUGUCCGUCACUCACUUUUCUCUGUCUCAGCCAUAUGCAGUCAACUCAUGUUUACAAGCUAUAUGAAAAAAAAAAUUGUACAGACUCUAUUUAUGUUGCUCGGCAUAUCUUAUAUAUAUAUAUAUAUAUAUUAUGAUAAGUAAUGGAUGAUAUUAUGUCAUAUUAUCAUGUCACUAACUAGCAUUAGCGUAUGCUGUGCGCGCAUGUAAGACAGAGCACUGAGUUAAGCCUUUGCAAAACAUGAAGCAGAAGAACACUAUGAAGAAAGUACACUACGUGAGUGUAGCACUGAGUAGUAUGCAUCAGUAGUAGUAUACUUUAGCCGUAGUAUGCUUUCCCCACACUAACUAGACAGAGCCAGUGUCUGACCAGGGCUCGUAUAGUUUGGUGGUCUAUGGGAGGCCUGAUUGUGAUGAUCGUUUUCCCCCACCAUUUCCUGUGUCAUCACAUCCUCUGCCAACAGCCCCGAUAGUACCACGCUGCGAUGCUCAAAACCGCAACCCCAGGGGAUUGUGGGAUACUGAUGAAUGGGCGCGCUGCACCUCUGUGAUGGCGCUACAGAUGGGCUGGCUCUGGCAUCACCCUGCGGCCCAGCUCAGAUGCACACACACACACAGUCUAUUUCACACACACACACACACACACCUGCAGUGCCGCACCCACACUCUUAGGAGCCAGGAUCUGUCAGCACAUUAAACGCCCAUCUCACGCCCUGCAGCUGGGCACCUGUGUGUGUGUGUGUGUGUGAGUUUGUGAGUGAGCCUGCCAGCUCCUGUUCAGUGUGUGCGGGUGUGUGACAUGGCAGAAAGAUAAUUACCAGCUUCCAGAGUUGAUUUAUGAGUUAACCAGCAUCAGUGGCAGUGUGAGAUCUGCGUAAAGACACUGAGGGCAAACUUCACACACACACAGAUAGAUAGACAGACAGAAAGACACACACACUCUCACAUAGUUGUGUGUAGCUAAUGAGUCUUCAACAUGGUCACUUUCCCUGAAGCCCAAAACCCCAGCAGACAGCCCUCUAAACAGCCUGGCUCUCCUCUAUGGCUUUGAGUGCAGUAUUAGUGUGGGGGAAGCCGCGACACAAAUGAAACGGUUCCCGUGAACCCUUGCAGAGGACAAACUGAACUUACUCUAAGAAUAUUCUCACCCUAGUUGCGAUUAUCACGUGCGUCACGGUGAGACUGAUUUGAGAACAGUGCUCCUCUGUGAUGCUUCAUGGACGUACACUAUGAACACAGAUAUAUAGCUGCUUUCACUGACAUAUCACAGGAAUUCAGCACUGUUACCCACAAUGCCAAGCGUGUUUGUAGCUUUGCAUAGAUAGCGGCUCCAUACAGACGAAUAAGUAUGAGAGAAGAAUAGCUAACGAGUUUUUAGCUAACGAGACUUCUUAUGAAAGAAGAAUAGCUAAUGAGUUGCAUUUAAUUCACAGGCUGCGAUAUGAAAUAACUGUUUUCAUGUUUGUUUAUUUAAUGGUUUGACCAAGGUAAUGUAGUUUUGGCAGUUUAGACAGUCACAGCAAGAAUGUAGAAUAUAUGGAGUCUGAUGCACCUUGAAAAGACACUGAUAUGAAGUUAUAUAAAGAAAGAAAAAGAGAAGAAAAAAAAGAACUAAUGAUGAAUUAAUAAUGAACUAAUGUCUUUGCUGUUCUCUGUGUUUGGUCAAAGUGUGUUGGAUUUAUGAUCGAUACUUAAGUCAUGAGUAUUCUGAGAUCCUGCACGGAAGGCUAAUGGCCAUAUCAAUGGUACGCCAGCUCUACUGUAGGUGAAUGUGGUACCUGAAUCUCCUGAGUAAAAUCUAUACCUCACAGUAGCGCUCUCACCUUUCUGUAACCUCUGUAUGGGCACAAAAGAAAACAAGACCAACAUGUCAUUAAACAA